CGUAAUUACCCGACCUUUCUGAGGAGUAUUUUCUGUUUCAUUGUGAGGAAUAUUUGUCAGAUUUUGCUUCACCAAGCAGGAGGAAGAUUGAUGGCUGCUACCUUUCCUCUGGAUGGUUUGUACCACCGGAGUUUAAAAAAGGAUCAUUAGUAACGGCGACCCUCGUCUGCUCCGGAAUUACCCACGCUCUUAUGCCUGUGUGUGAAUGUGAUUUAAAUGUGGUUGUGUGUUUCUGUUUGCAGCUACAUGGCAUAAGGAAGAGAUAAAUAAAGUUUUUAUUCAGUGAGGACAAGAGAGGUAUAAGGCAAACAAGAUGAAAACGGGAAUAGCAGCCAUGUCCCAGUGGAGGCGCCAUUCCAGGACUGUUUGUUGUCUUUUCCAAACUGCCUUGAGCAGCGGCAGAAGGAUGGAAUAUUUACGACUUGGAGGUUCAUCGUAUAUUGGCGGGUGGAUUUCCAUGCUAAUAUGGCUAGGGAUGCUGCUUCUGCUGGCGUGUCCAGUCACCGUGUUGGCUCAGAAACUCGAUGAGAACGACCCAGUGGUCACCACUGCUUAUGGCAAGCUGCGUGGCAUCAAGAAGGAGCUCAACAAUGAGAUCCUGGGUCCUGUCGUACAGUUUCUGGGUGUGCCGUAUGCUGCCCCGCCCACUGGCGAGCGCCGUUUCCAACCUCCUGAGCCACCAGCAUCGUGGUCAGACAUCCGCAACGCCACACACUUUGCCCCAGUAUGUCCUCAGACCAUUGUGGAGGGCCGUCUGCCAGACGUCAUGCUGCCUGUGUGGUUUACCAACAGCAUUGAUGUGGUGUCCACUUACGUCCAGGACCAGAGCGAGGACUGCCUCUAUCUUAACAUCUACGUCCCCACUGAGGAUGUCAAAAGAAUAUCCAAGGAAUGUGCCAGGAAACCGGGCAAGAAAAUAUGUAGACAAGGAGGUCCCCUUACAAAGAAACACACUGAUGAUUUAGGUGAUAAUGACCGCACGGACGAUGAAGACAUUAGGGAGAGUGGAAGCCCAAAGCCGGUGAUGGUUUUUAUCCACGGGGGUUCCUACAUGGAAGGAACUGGGAAUAUGUUUGACGGCAGCAUCCUGGCCAGCUAUGGGAAUGUGAUUGUCAUAACUGUCAACUACCGCCUGGGCGUCCUAGGGUUCCUGAGUACCGGCGACCAGGCAGCCAAAGGGAAUUACGGUUUGUUGGACCUAAUCCAGGCUCUGCGUUGGACCAGUGAGAACAUUGCAGCCUUUGGUGGCGACCCAUUACGCAUCACCGUCUUCGGCUCAGGUGCCGGAGCUUCCUGCGUCAAUCUCCUCACGCUGUCUCACUACUCUGAGGGCAAUCGCUGGAGCAACUCCACCAAAGGUCUGUUUCAGAGGGCCAUCGCCCAGAGCGGCACAGCUCUGUCCAGCUGGGCCGUCAGUUUCCAGCCAGCCAAAUACGCCCGGAUGCUGGCCCGUAAGGUGGGCUGUAACCUGGAGGACACGGUGGAGCUGGUGCUGUGCCUGCAGAGAAAACAUUACAAGGAGCUAGUAGAUCAAGAUAUCCAACCAGCCCGCUACCACAUUGCCUUUGGUCCAGUUAUUGAUGGUGAUGUCAUACCUGAUGACCCCCAGAUACUGAUGGAACAAGGUGAGUUCCUUAACUAUGACAUCAUGCUGGGAGUGAACCAGGGAGAGGGACUUAAGUUUGUGGAGCUUAUUGUGGACAAUGACAACGGCGUCCAGGCCAAUGACUUUGACUACGCUGUGUCAAGCUUUGUCGAUGACCUUUACGGGUACCCUGAGGGAAAAGACAUCCUCCGAGAGACCAUCAAAUUCAUGUACACCGACUGGGCCGACAGGCACAACCCAGAAACCCGCAGAAAGACGUUGUUGGCACUUUUCACCGAUCAUCAGUGGGUGGCACCAGCUGUUGCCACAGCUGAUCUGCACUCCAGUUUUGGGUCACCGACCUACUUCUAUGCUUUCUACCAUCACUGUCAGACAGAGCAGGUACCGCCGUGGGCAGAUGCAGCACAUGGAGAUGAGAUCCCAUAUGUGUUCGGACUGCCGAUGAUCGGACCUACAGAGCUGUUUCCCUGCAACUUCUCCAAGAACGAUGUGAUGCUCAGUGCCGUGGUCAUGACUUACUGGACAAACUUCGCCAAGACGGGGGACCCAAACCAGCCUGUCCCCCAGGACACCAAGUUCAUCCACACUAAGCCGAAUCGCUUUGAAGAGGUAGCUUGGACGCGCUACAACCAGAAAGACCAGCUGUACCUGCACAUCGGUCUGAAGCCCCGGGUCAAAGAGCACUACCGGGCCAACAAGGUCAACCUGUGGUUGGAGUUGGUUCCUCAUCUACACAGCCUCAAUGAGGUCACCCAGCUCAUCCCCACCACCACCAAGAUUCCUCCACCAGAGGCUACCAACCGCACACCAAAAACCAAAGUUCUGGUGACCAAGCGCCCGAAUCCAACUCCAUUCCCCACCGAAUCCCAUGGUAUUCACAAUCAGCCUCACCUGGUGGACCAGCGCGACUACUCCACAGAACUAUCAGUGACCAUAGCUGUGGGAGCGUCCCUGCUAUUCCUCAAUAUUCUGGCCUUUGCUGCUCUUUACUACAAAAAGGACAAGCGGCGGCAUGAUGUCCACAGGCGCUGCAGCCCCCAGAGGAGUGCUGCAAAUGACCUGGCCCACACCCAGGAGGAGGAGAUAAUGUCCCUGCAGAUGAAGCAGCACUCAGACCUGGAUCGGGAUUGCAGGGGGGUGAGCGACUCUCUCCACCCCCACGACAUGGUGCUGAGGACUGCCUGCCCGCCGGACUACACUUUGGCCAUGAGGCGCUCACCAGACGACAUCCCACUCAUGACACCGAACACCAUAACCAUGAUCCCCAGCACCAUGGGAGGACUCACCUCGCUCCACUCUUUCAACACCUUUCCCAGCAGCGGGCAGAACAACACCCUGCCUCACCCACACCCACACUCACAUUCCACCACCAGAGUAUAGCCCCACGGCUGCACCCACGCAGGCAGGACUCUGACGGCUGAGGCAAAAAGCUAACGGCACUGCUGCAGCAGAGACUUGAGGCCGACUUGCCGAUGUACGUGAACGUGUCAGGAGCUAAGAUGCCAGCCUGGAGUUGCCAAACACUCGCGGAUUUACACUGGGAUUGUACGGAUUGUGCCACAUGCUGUUAAUAACUGAGGGAAUAUAAUAAAGAGUUUCAGAUGGUUUGGACCAGAAGAUUUAAAAAAAAAAGAUAAAAAUUAUGUUUUUGUACAAAAAUAAAAGACAAUUAAAAAUACAUAUAAAGAGUUGGAGACAAAAACAACCUCUCACAAGCUAAAACAAAGAAGAGGAUGUUUUUUAAUGAUAUUUUUGUUCUGAUAUUGCAGCAAAACAAGUUAAAAUACUUUUUUCUCUCUAGCGACAGUUAUGGCCUUUGGGAUCUUCUGACAAAUGACUGCUUGACAGUAUUAUCUGGAAGCAGAGCGGAGCAUCAGACACGCCUCGGAGGUGAGAAGAGGGGAACACUUUGUAAAGAAAGAAAAUAUAUUCUUUUCCUUUGACACACUGCAGAACACUCUGUCUGUGGGGCACAAAGGAGAUGCAAACCAAAUGUAGGCAUGUCUAAACAUCAUAAAUGGAGGCUAUGUAAGAUAAGGCAAAAACAGCUUGAGAGCAAAGGAAGGACUGAAAAUAUCAAGAAACAGAAAGCCUGUAUGCACAACAGAACCAUUUUGUGGGGGAAAAAAAAAAAAACAAAAAAAACAACUUUUCAUCCAUUUAUUUUUGAGGAUGGAAAACAAUUUUAUUGUAUAGAACCUAUUUACAUAUCUAGAUCGUACACUAAGCACCAAGGCUUUUUAAGCCCUCUUCUCUUGGGAGGGGUGUUCAUUCUGCAACCCUGCCAGUGCGACAGAACCAGUGGAAAGGGAGGAUCCACCGACUGGCUUUCUGGCAGUUCCAACUUCAACACAAAGAGCUGGGGGACAAAGGAUAAUUGGAUAUUUUAGCACGAUGCGCAUGACAAUUUAUCUGCUUGAUGGCUGCUCUGCUGAUUAUGUCAUUAUAAAGAAUAAUUUCCGCCCUGUCCCUUGCAUUGGAGAAAUUUAGGACAUAUUUCGUGAUUGGAUUACAGGAAAAACCACACCCUUGCAGGACCAUGGGAAGUCCAGGUUGUGGAUGCUGUGUGCUGGAGUUGGGAAAAGAAAGUGCUGGGGUUGGGAAUAUGGUAAAUCUUUCAUGCAUAAUAUAAUAUAGCUUGGUGGGGCUGGGCAUAUAAGGACUAGUUUUGUACUCUGUGUGUUGGUACUACUUUUUGAUAGUGGUUAAAUCACAUUUCAUGGUAUCAAUCAAACUCAUUGUACCCUCAGUUGAGAUCAAUGUUCUUUGCUGUUCUACCUACUGGAGCACUAUACUUUACUGAAGUAAUUACCUGCACUGUUCAUUCCAUUGCCCCUUUCUUUUGCUUUUCCUUUUGAUGCCUUUUUUUUUCUUUAACUGUGAGGUGUGCUGACUGAAUGAUGCAGUGGAGCUCCACUGGUAAGAAAAAUGGAGGGUGAAAGAGUGAAACUUUGGGCCAUGUAGACUUUGUGCUGCCGUAUCCAACCUGGCUCUGUACUGCAGAGCUAUUUAAACAUGAAUGUCUACACAUGACUAAUUCAAGUUAAAAGCCAAGCACAGACAGACCACACUGGGUGGAAAUCUAUAGAGCUGCAGAGCAGGGGGUUGAAGGAAGGUUUAGGAUCAGGGUAGGUCCAUUCCCAUGGUGCACUUGUGUUUUUUUUUUUUUUUUUCAUAGAUUACAUCUCUAGCAAAGCUGGAUCAAAUUAAGAGGUGCUUGGUGUGGAAAGCAUGACCUUUUCAACAUGAGGCUGUUCUGCUUCCUUCCUUUACACCGAGUGUGUGACAGUUUUCUGUUUCUGUGGAUGGAAAAUAACAUGAUUUCCUAAAGAAACAUAGUUUCAUGUGACACAUAUUUCUCAUAUUUUUAGAACUAGUACUUAUUCUACUUCCAAGUCUGAAAAUAAUGAUACAGAGAAAAGGUCUGGGCACCUUGCGUGGUGACAGAAUCUUUCUGGCCUUGUUUUACGGCCUUGUUCUCCUUUCAUAGCGCUUUCACACAGACACGGUUUUGGUUCUGGUUCUGGUUCCAGUUCCGUUCUGGAGACUACGAACAUAAGUGCUUUCUGCCGAACUGGCCCAUGUUCACACUAGUUUAACCAGAACCAAUGUGGGUGGAGCUUGCUCUGCAGAAGUAAAACAUAAACAUCUUAAAGAUUUGGUCCUGAAAGUGGAUGGUUGAAUCAUCAGGCUCCAUUAUAACCUACAGUUUUCUAAGAUGUUAGGAUGAUAUUAA